AUCAUCCUGAUUCAAUAUCAUUAUAUACAAACUCUAUACAAACCAUAACUUUGAAAUCCUAUCACCUAGCGGGCAGCAGCAAACCACUAUAAAAAACAAAAAGUAGCAGGCGUCAAGGCACAAAGUGGAUCCAUUUAAUCUACCAAGUAAAACAGUAAAUUUAAAUCUUAUCCCAUUAAGAGCGAUUUUCAGCUGCGUCAAAUGCAGAGCGUUUGUUUCAUGCUUGAUUCCUGUGGUGAAGUUGGUCCACAUCAGGAGAUCCAUUGUUAUAGGAAUAAGCAAUUGCAGCAACUUGUCCAACUUCUUUCAUCUUUCCCUACUAAUUUCACAAGUGAGUUAUCUUUCACAUAUUGCUUCACCAUGUCAAUUGCUUCACUAGCCUCAACAACUAUAAGAAGGCUAGAAAGGAAGGUUGCACUCAUCACGGAUGGUGCAAGUGGCCUUGGCGAGUGCACUGCAAGAACCUUCGUCAAACAUGGAGCCAAAGUUGUUAUUGCAGACGUCAGAGCUGACUUGGGCAAAUUUGUUAGCAAAGAUAUUGGACCGGCAUUCGCUUCCUUCGUUCAUUGUGAUGUGACCAAGUAAAAAGAUGUCGAAAAUGCUGUAAACGUAGCCAUUUCCCAGUAUGGAAAGCUUGACAUCAUGUUCAACAAUGCCGGAAUAAUUGAGCUCCCAAAACCCAACAUACUUGACAAUGAUAAGUCCGAUUUUGAGCGAGUCCUUAAUGUCAACUUAGUAGGUGCAUUCUUCGGCACUAAACAUGCUGCUCGUGUGAUGAAACCAGCUUGCCGGGGCAGUAUCAUUACAACUGCUAGCAUUUGUUCAACGGUUGGUGGAAUUGCCUCCCAUGCCUACACCAGCUCAAAGCAUGGUGUGGUGGGGCUGAUGAGAAAUGCUGCGGUGGAGCUAGGACAAUUCGGUAUUCGUGUAAACUGCAUUUCGCCUUAUGUGGUUGCAACUCCUCUGGCAAAGGAUUUUUACAAGCUAGAUGAUGAAGGAGUUCAUGAGAUUUAUGCCAAUCUUAAAGGGGCGAUCCUUGAACCAGAAGAUGUGGCUGGGGCAGCUCUUUUCUUGGGAAGCGACGAGUCCAAGUAUGUGAGUGGGCUUAAUUUGAUCAAAGACGGAGGCGUCGCGAUUACAAAUUCUGGCUUUUCUAUGUUUGGGAAAUCUGAAUGACUUCUUUCAAUCCUUGUAAGGAAAGCUAGAAUUCAAGGAUUCAAUGCAUAAUAUCGAGUAAUCUGGUUUAAAAGCUAUUGCAGUAAUAUAAUACAUUGGGUACUA